AUGGUAGGAGUUGAAGAGAACGGCGCUACUGGCACAUAUAUAGUGCUCCCUAGCGAUCCCCGAGAGGUUUGGCUAGGUCCGCUGUCCACCGUUUUGUCGGCUCAGUACUGGACACGACUGUGGAUUGCCCAGGAGUUUCUUUUAGCCAGUGAGCCGAUACUUCUUUUUCAAAACUUUCAGAUUGGUGCCCGCAGACUCGGCAUAUUUGUUGGGUCUGUUCUGGAUGACGACCGUAUCGAAGACUUGACGACCCUCCCAGGAUGGAAGUACUUUUUUUGGCGGUUGAUACGUUAUGAGGCCGUGUCCGAUACCUCGAAGCCCUCUCAACAUCAUCCCAGUGAUCAAUCUGCAUCACUCGCAUCACUGAUACCAAAAUUUGCCACAUCGGGUUGUCAAGACAAAAGAGACCGUGUUUACGCCCUCCUGUCACUUGCAGAUGAUGGAGAUCUUGGACUGGUCAACUACAGCAUCGGUGAGGACGUUGUAUUUCGGAACACUAUGGCCCUGAUGAAACGCCAUAAAAGGCCGCUAGACGAGCUACUUCUCAUCGGGGAAGCAUUGGUCGAGUCUUUGGAGCUUUGGCCAGCAACACGCCCCUCUUCUUCCAGCCUAGAGAUCAACUUUGAUGGCUUUGAAGAUAUUACACUGCCGAUCUGGGGCUGCACGACUCUGGAGACGUAUAAUAAGAGGCCAGAAGCUCAAGAUGCCCGUGAAACUAUCGAGACAACUUGCAUGUUCGUGGGGAUCCGUGACGGACCGGAUGUACACGUCUUCGAAUACUCGGUAGAGAAACCGAAGGAGAGACCUAUCGUCAAGUAUUCUCGGGCUUAUGAAUACUUGCGGGGCCGACCUCCAGCAUCCUUUGUCCCCGUCUCGGACCUCGAGGUGAUGCAUUUCUGGCUGGAGAAUAUGCCUAGCGAAGCCUUGCACUACUUCACCAAUGCGGAUGACAGCACUCGUCCACUGUGGAACUGGACGGCUCGAGAAUUCGAUAUUUCGGGCUUCGCCACAGAUGAAUCAGCAGAACAAACCGAUCGUGACAUUUUGCCAGCACUGCGGGUAGUCGAUUCAAUGAGAUCCUCUGCAUGUCUACCCUGGGAGGGAUACCGCACCUCCCGGGUUGCUCAGCCUUUUCUCGCAACUUUUAAGUGGAGCCUACUCGAUAAUACCCGGGAAUACCAACACGAUAACUCUAUUCCUCUGUCAGUUCAACACCCGCGGUCAACAACGUUCCGUUUGGACGUCAAGAAGUACAUGAAAAUAUAUGGGGGGAAAGAAUAA